CUAUGAGCCUCUUCUUGUACUAAAUUGGGCCGGUUAACGCCCGGGUCAAAAUACAACCGAACCCUAAACAUCUAAUCAGAGAUCUUUUCACUCUUCCGUUUUCCUUCAGUCGUUCGUCGUGCACCUCAGAAUGUAGAAGAAAAACAUUGAAGGAAAUAGCAAAAAUGUGGAUUUACUUUUUGUACAACAUGGAAAAGGGGAGCAUGCAUUUGUUUUAGGAACAAAGGUUAUUGUGAAGCCACUAAGAAAUAAUCUUCUGCCAUGAGUAAAUUACAAAGUGAUGCAGUGAGAGAGGCAAUCUCCACAAUAAAGGGGGAUUCUGCUGAGAAGAAACGCAACUUCACUGAGACAAUUGAGCUCCAAAUUGGCUUGAAGAACUAUGAUCCCCAAAAGGACAAACGUUUCAGUGGUUCUGUUAAAUUGCCACACAUUCCCCGUCCCAAGAUGAAGGUCUGCAUGCUUGGUGAUGCUCAGCACGUGGAAGAGGCGGAAAAAAUUGGUAUGGAGUAUAUGGAUGUGGAAGGGCUGAAGAAACUCAACAAAAACAAAAAGCUGGUGAAGAAGCUUGCAAAAAAGUACCAUGCCUUCUUAGCAUCUGAAGCUGUGAUCAAGCAAAUCCCCCGUCUCUUGGGCCCUGGUCUUAACAAAGCAGGCGGAAAAAAUUGGUAUGGAGUAUAUGGAUGUGGAAGGGCUGAAGAAACUCAACAAAAACAAAAAGCUGGUGAAGAAGCUUGCAAAAAAGUACCAUGCCUUCUUAGCAUCUGAAGCUGUGAUCAAGCAAAUCCCCCGUCUCUUGGGCCCUGGUCUUAACAAAGCAGGAAAGUUCCCAACAUUGGUCACUCACCAAGACUCCUUAGAGAACAAAGUUAAUGAGAUUAAAGCAACAGUGAAAUUUCAGUUGAAAAAGGUGCUCUGCAUGGGGGUGGCUAUUGGUAAUGUGUCCAUGGAGGAGAAGCAAGUGUUUCAAAAUGUUCAAAUGAGUGUCAACUUUCUUGUCUCUCUCCUCAAGAAGAACUGGCAAAAUGUGAGGUGCCUGUACUUGAAGACUACCAUGGGAAGGCCAAUUCGAGUCUUUUAAGUUAGUUUAUGGAGUGUAUUUCUGUACUGCUCAGAUUUCUUGUUCCUCUCCAUCAGAAAUUUUAUUUCCUUUUUUUUAAUUGAGUUUUGACAGUAUCAUGGAUUCUGAGCAAACAUUUACUGGUUGUUAUCAUCCGAUAUAGUGAAUUUAGAUUGGAAGUACUCCCUCUAUCUAGGGAUGUAAACAAAUCAAAUACUUUAAAUUCG